GAGCUCUUACCUUUUGGAUAUUCUUGCCUUCUCCGACCUUGACUUGCCUACUCUAUUGUCUCAGAUCACUACCCAUAACCAUCUCUCAACCCAGGCCGUUGUCAAUCUGGCAAUACAUCUCGCAUCUUGAAUUCCGGUCGACCUAACGCAACCGUAUCCAAUCAUGCCAGGCGUACUUCCAAUGAAAGUGAUCAAAGUUGGCAACAAUUCGCAAUGCCGCAUUGCGCAAGCCUGCGAUCGUUGCCGUAGCAAGAAAAUAAAAUGUGACGGCGUUCGUCCAUAUUGCUCGCAGUGUGCUGCUGUCGGUUUUGAAUGCAGGACCAGUGAUAAGCUCAGUCGACGUGCGUUUCCGAGAGGCUACACCGAGUCGUUGGAAGAAAGGGUCAGAGUCCUCGAGGCUGAAACGAGGGAGCUGAGAGAGUUGCUUGACGAGAAAAACAAGAAGAUCGCUUCACUUUCUCACAGCCAACCUUUGCCCUUGACUCAAGAAGGCUCGGAGUCUCGAAAACGAUCCCACGCAGCAAUGUCCACCAACAAAUCUGCCGAACAAAUCAGAGCGCCAUCAGCGAAGCCUGAUGCGAGCAGAAUGCCGCACUCACCACGUUCUCCUCCUACAAAGCCAACCGCCUCUCCCUCAGACCAGCUACAGCCGUGGUCUGGACCCACGCAUGGCUUCGAACAUUCUCGCAAGCUUCGCAAGGCCGCGCCGGCUCGUCUCAACACUGCGUUUGAGCAUCCGUGUCUGCGCGAUCAGGCGCCGAUAACGCCGUCGAUGCAGAGCGCCGACCAGGUUCCAAAUAGCGCGCGGUUCCGGGAUUCGAUCGCCCAACAACAACAACAACAGCAAUCGCUCACAUAUCCGACACCCCGUUCGGAGGUAGCACGAUCACCCAGUAUUGUGUUCGGACUGCCGACGUCGGCUGAAUCGGCUGUGUCUGGCAUUUUAUCGUCUCAAUCACUUCAGCCGGAGCGCGUUCUAUAUCCAAACAUGAAUUACAUUCCGUAUGGAAACGACUCAAACGGAGCUCCUGUGUUCGCGCAUUCCAAAUCGGACUCUCGACUUCGCGGAUGGGGGAACUUCAUGAAUGAUGCAGAGAGUGAACCUCUCACAGUCUAUAACGAAGCCUUCGGAGGUCCGCGCGUUGAUGUCCUACUAGAGGGGUCGGAGCUGAAGCCCGCUCAUUCUAGCAUCAUGGCCAAUCCAUCUAUGGCAAUGCAUCAUGCAUCUUGGGCUUAUCAUCAGUUCGACAGCGAUGCGGAUCACUCUGACAGCGUCAUGUCCUUCUCACCAGACGAUUGCUUGAGCAACGGUGAGGAUUUGGCAGCAGAAUGGGCGAGUGCGAGCAGCUGUCACGAAGACGGCACGUACAAUCCCAUGAUGUUAUCCGAGUUCGCACAUCCAGAAAACACUACUUUGGAUACUGUACUGGCAUUGUAGACAACCGUCGUGCUAGUAGC